CUUAACUGCUAUUGGGGAACCACAGAAGACCCAUCAUGGCAAGAAGACUAUGGCAUAUGUAAAUUCUAUGUUACGCGGUUUACCGAGUUGACUAUUUUCUUCUAUCAUCCAACUGGUUCCAACUUCAGCCAAGACGUGUUUCUUGGGCUAGCAAGGGUAAACCCCUUUGAUGCAUUACAGGAAUCUACAUCACAGUGGUUGAAAAUUGAAGAUGGUACUGGCAAGAUUCGCGUCAGCUAUGACUAUACAACUAUGGGAAAGAAGACACUUGAAGAGGAAGAAUUAGAUGGAGAGUUUUUUGAUGUUGCAAUGUAUUCUGCAAAAUUGUUCAAACCAGAUAAACUUUCCCUAUAUCAAGCUUCGACUGGAUUGCCAAAUCGCAUCAGCCAUCCUUUUAUAUCCCCAACCACCUAUUGUUUCCAAAUAGAGGAUUCGAUACAACUCAAUUCUCCAUUCAUCAUGGGAGGACACCUCUUCAAUCAUCUCUUGGAGCAGCAAACCUUUGACCUUGACAGGGCUCGAUUCUACAUUGCGGAGAUUCUCUGUGCGCUGGAAUAUUUACAUGAUGUACAUAACAUCUUCGCCUGGUUGAAGCCCAGAAUUGUCCUAUUGGACGGCACGGGUCAUAUUACGCUUUGUGGCUUCGGUCUUUUCAUCUCGGAAACCAGCCUUGAAAGCCCCAGUACACAACACGGACUACCAGAGUACCCAGCACCGGAACUACUCCUUGGCCAGGGCGAACAUCGUAUGGCCGAUUGGUGGACAUUGGGAAUUUUCCUGUAUGAAAUGUUAACAGGGCUGCCUUUAUUCUACGACGAAGAUCCCGAAAAGAUAGCCGACAAGAUCCUCAAUCAGUCCAUUCACUUACCCGAGUCUUUACCACCAGCAGCGCAGGAUAUUCUUCUGAAGCUACUCUGUCGCAGCCCUGAGCAACGGCUUGGUGCCCACGAAGGCGCAUCUGAGAUUAAAGCUCAUCCAUUUUUUGAGGGAAUCGAUUGGCAUAAACUUAUUCGGCGCAAAUACCAACCCGCUUUUAAACCAACUUUUUAUGACUCG